UUAAUAGCUGCAAAUAAGUCCAAAGAGUCAUUAUGAUAAAAGAAAAUAAAAUCACUAUUUGAAGAAAAUAAUUGGUUAGAGAAUUUUGAUUCUUAAUUUGAAUCUUCCCUUUUUUUGUUCUUGAAAUUCUACACAAUUGUAGAUUCUUGAGGUUGCUUCAUUUUGGGGAAAAAGUAAAAAAGUUCAAAUCUUUUUGAGUAAAAAAGGGUAUUUCUUGCCUUUUAUGGUCAUUAAUAAUUUCCACAAGAAAGAUAAAUUGGGUAUUAAAUUAGUGGAGUUGAGUUGAUUUGAGUUUGUUAGGAUUUUGGUAGACUUUUCACGGGAAAACUGGGAUUGUCAUAUGGGAAAAGUAUCAAUUUUCAACUGCUUUGAGUAAUUGCAGCUCAAGUGUUUGUUGUUUUUUGUAAAUUAGAAAUUUGUAUAAAAGUUAGAGGAUUUAUGCUGUGUUAUAUCAGAGAAAAACACAAGUUAGUUCUUCAUAUUGAUAUCCAAUUUGUGUUCUUGAAAUGGAUCAUUCUGCAGCAGAUAAGGAUUUUAAAGCUGUAGAAAUUGCAAAGGAUAAGAAUGGGGUUGGUCAAGUUUUGCUUCGAAGUCUACGUGGCGCUUCUGUUCGAGUUAGCCUGCAUGGAGGACAGGUUCUUUCAUGGAAGACUGACCAUGGUGAAGAGUUACUUUUUAUAAGCAGCAAGGCAACUUUUAAGCCACCAACAGCUGUGAGGGGAGGGAUUCCAAUUUGUUUUCCUCAGUUUGGAAACCGGGGCUCCCUCGAGCAACAUGGAUUUGCCAGAAAUAAGAUGUGGGUCAUUGACGAUAAUCCUCCCCCAUUGCACCCAAAUGAUUCCAAUGGCAAAACAUAUAUUGACUUACUACUUAAAUCGUCUGAUGAUGAUCUUAAAAUUUGGCCUCAUGGUUUUGAAUUCCGCUUGAGAGUGGCUUUGGCUUUUGAUGGAUCUCUUACCCUGACAUCACGCAUCAGGAAUGUUAAUUGCAAGCCUUUUAGUUUCUCCAUUGCAUACCAUACUUAUUUUUCUGUCUCAGAUAUCAGUGAAGUGAGAGUGGAAGGCUUGGAGACUCUUGACUACCUUGACAAUUUGUGCAACAGAGAACGUUUCACAGAACAAGGAGAUGCCUUAACAUUUGAAUCCGAGGUGGAUCGAGUUUAUCUUAGUUCAUCUGAUGUGAUAGCAGUUUUCGAUCAUGAGAAAAAGAGGACUUUUCUGAUAAAGAAAGAAGGACUUCCUGAUGUUGUGGUUUGGAAUCCAUGGGAGAAGAAAUCUAAAGUCAUAGCAGAUCUUGGAGAUGAAGAAUACAAGCAUAUGCUUUGUGUAGACGGAGCUGCUAUCGAGAAACCAAUCACCUUGAAGCCAGGUGAAGAAUGGACCGGAAGGUUGGAACUGUCUGUCACGCCUACAAGUUGAAGGAUCACUCUAAUCUCGCGUCCCAAGUUAAAUACAUGUUUCGUGCACAACAUAACCUAAUUAGUGAAUGUAUGACCUCCUUAAUAUUAGCAGCGAGGUCGUACACUAAGAGCCAAUAUCAAUGUUCUUGGUGUGAAAUUAGUAUGUACUUAAGAUGAUUGAUGUUUAAAAGUUCCAAUUAUUAUUCUUGUGUUAGUGUACAUCACACCGUACAUGUAAUGGCAGUGGGGAAAGGUAAUUUUUAAUAUUUCCCUUAACUUUGUAAUUUGAAUGAAUCGGAUUAUAUUUGCAGAAGAAUGUUGUAUUCACCUUUUUAUAUCCCAAAAAUAUUUGUUGGUUAAA